AACCGAUCUGUUCAUGAAUAACAUCAUAUAUCUUCAAUUUGCAUAUGGGAUCUUCAAUACUGACCUUGCUUUUCUCUGUUUUUCUCAUAAAUGUCAGUUUUGCAGCCGAUCCCUACUUUCAGUUUGACUGUGCUAACAAUGGCAACUUCAGCGCCAACAGUACCUACGGAACCAACCUCGAUAGUCUCUUCUCUCAACUCACCUCCGAUGAGGUUUUCAAUUAUGGGUUCUAUAACAUUUCCAUCGGUGAGAGCACUGACCAGGUCAACGCAAUCGGACUCUGCAGGGCAGACAAAAAGGAGGACACUUGCAGACGUUGCCUGAACGACACAAUCUCCGAGCUCCAGCAGCGCUGUCCCAACUACAAAGAAGCAAUCGGAUGGUCGGAAUUCUGUACCUUACACUACUCGAGCCAAGCAAUAUACGGAGUCAUGGAAACAGAUCCUUUCAAGAUACUGGUUAGUGGCAAUGUAUCAGAUGUUAAUGCCUUUAACCAGGCAUUAAGUUCCUUGUUGAGUAAUUUAAGCAGCCGUGCAGCAGCCGAAGGCGCUCUUCGCAAGUAUGCGGCAAAUAGCACGAUGGGUCUGGAUGUCUUUACAAGAAUUUAUGCCCUAGUGCAGUGCACUCCGGAUCUGUCCCAGUCAGAGUGCAGCGAUUGUCUGGCAACAGCCAUCGGAAGGAUCGGGAGUUUCUCAAUUGCGAGGACUGGAUGCAGAAUUCUGCAACCUAGCUGUAACUUGAGAUAUGAAACUAGUCCAUUUUUUGAAGCUGUAGAUGAUAUUCCUCAACCGUCUUCACCUCCACCUCCUUCAACGGAAGGGAAUGGAAACAACACAACUCGAACGAUCAUAAUUUCAGUGGUUGCUUCAAUUGUAGGCGUUCUGUUGCUUGUCCUCUGUAUUUGGAUAUUUUUAAGACGCAGAAAGCCAAAGGAAACUAUUGAAAUUGCAGAUAAAGAAGAAGUGAUUAAGGCCGAAUCAUUGCAAUAUGACUUUGCCACCGUCAGGGCAGCUACUAAUAACUUCAGUGACGAAAAUAAACUUGGACAAGGAGGAUUUGGAGCGGUUUACAAGUUCAAAUGAAAUCAUAUUUAAUGAAAAACCAUUUUUUGUCACUUCCUUCCGUUCAAUUACCGCUGACAACAACCCAAUAACAUAUGCAAAAAAAGGUAAAUCAUUUAAUGUAAAAACCGAAUUAAACCUACAAUUUAAUUGAAUAAAUUAAGCCAAAAAUAUAAUGAAAUUAUUUUAUAAUAAAUAUACCAACUAAAAAAACAUUUUCUUGAGUUUAAUUUAAAAUGUUAUCAAAACUCAAUGAAAGAAAAUGCAUAAUUAGGGCUAUUGGAAUCAUUAAGCAAACUGUGAGCAGUUCUAGGAUUAAAAACAAUCUUGUAUUUAUGUGUGAUUGGCUUAUAAUGAUCUUCAUUCAAAGAAACACCAAAAUUUGAAAUUAUAUAAACUUCUCCUUCAGUAAAAGUAUCCUUAAAACGCAAAGAAACCCUAAGAGUUGCUUGAAUCCUACCCCCUGAACAAAACAUAAAAAAGUGUUACAAGUAAAAGAUAUGAAAGCGAACUUUAGAAUACUUGCUGAAAAACCAAAUUCAAGAACACAAAAUUCUUACCUGUUCAUCCAAAAGAAGCAUUUCAAUAUUAUCACUCAAUUUUAACUGUCGAAAAUUCUUUUGCUUCCAAAGUUUGAUUACU